UUCCACCGGAAGUGUAUAGUGUAUAUUCACGCGCGCUUAGCUACGUUCACACACAGACAGGGAAUUCGCUGUCAAGAGGGUGGAUGCCAAGAGCUGGAGAUGACCUAGAGGCCUUACAGAUACAUUUGUGCUCUUGUCGCUUUAAUCUGCAUCCGCAGAAAACGGUGAGAUCUAGGAGCACACUUGUUUCCUCCGCGGGUAAUAUCUACCUCAGCCAGCAGACGGGGAACAAACCAGCACGCAGCUCUGAGACUUCAGACCGGCAGACAGAGCCAACAGCUGGCCGUGCGCUCACUGCCUGCAGCUCUCCUGUUCUGUGAAGAGGAUUUAAGACGGACUGGAUCUGUCUGCCUUUUUGCUCCCACUAAAAAACAAACGGUCAAAUCUUGUUACUCCAGAAUUUAUUUGAUUUUUAAAAAAAAUAGUGGUUUCUUCUUUUUUUUCCCUUUGUGCUGUUGACCAGUGUGUCUUUUUCCAUGGAUGCAUUUUUUGCGUUUUGCUUUUAAACAAGUUUUCUACUUUUACUAGUGUAAGCUGGUUUAAAAUUAUACAUGUAAAUACAUAUGUGAAUGUUGUAUACUGUAUUAGGAGUAUUUUUCUCAUUCUGAAGGAAAGUUAAUGCACUUUAAACCUUUGCUGUGAUACUUUUCCUUCUCUGUUAUGGUUGUUUUUUUGAACCUGGAAAUAGAGAGGCUGGGGCGUGUCUCGUUCUCUAAGCUAGCCAUGAAAUAUCUGCAGCCGGGCUGCAUGUAAACAUUUAACUCAGCCUGUCAGCGUUUUUUUUUUUCUUUCUUGCCACUUUACAAGGCGACACUGGGAUGAACCUCUGGCAGGUGGAAUCCUUGAGCUGUCUCUCGACUUAACUUGACCAGUUUAAGGACUUUUGGACUAAGUGUUUUUGUAAGACUGGCCCAGACCGCUUCGUGUGGAAAGCAAACUAGGGCAGACAGGAGCUUCCGGUGCUGUUGCACCACCUAUGUAUUGUUGUAGUGCACAGGAAAGUAAAAUGGACUACAAGCGUCGCUUUUUGCUUGGCGGGUCCAAGCAGAAAGUGCAGCAGCACCAGCAGUACCAGAUGCCUGAGCUAAGCCGGACCCUGAGCGCCUCUCUGACUUCUUCGCCAAUGGGCACUGGGGUGGGCAUUCCUGGCAGCUGCCACCCACCUUCCUCUGGCACCACAACCGCCGUUGCCGACAUCCAGCAAGGCAUCUCCAAAUACCUGGAUGCUCUCAAUGUGUUCUGCAGGGCCAGCGCCUUCCUUACAGACCUGUUCAGCAGCGUGUUCAGGAACUCUCAUUAUUCCAAAGCAGCUAUGCAACUGAAGGACGUGCAGGAACACGUCAUGGAGGCAGCCAGCAGGCUGACUGCAGCAAUAAAGCCAGAGAUCGCCAAGAUGCUGAUGGAGCUGAGCGUCGGGGCCGCUAAUUUUAAAGACCAGAACGACUUCAGCCUGCAGGACGUAGAGGUGCUGGGUCGGUGCUUCGUCACAGUGAUGCAGGUCCAUUUCCAGUUUCUUUCACAAGCGUUGCAAAAGGUCCAGCCUGUGGCCCAGAACUGCCUGGCAGAGGCUCUUGCUCAGGCUCAAGAGCGCUGCGUCAACGCCCGCUCCCAAAGCUCCGACCUGGGGCCCCUAACGGAGCUGGAAGAAGCCUCUCGCUCAUGGAAAGGUGCAGCUGAGGCCACAGCUCGGCUGAGAGAAAGAGGCCGGGACGGCUGCCUGGCUGGCCUCCAGGUUCAGCAGCUCUUUUGCUCCAACAACACCACCAUCCCUGAACACCAGCUGAAGGAGCUCAACAUGAAGAUUGACAGCGCUUUACAAGCCUACAGAGCAGCUCUGGAAAGCCUGGGCCAUAGUGAGUAUGCACUGAAGGCCGGCUUUCAUCUCAACCCUAAAGCUGUGGAGGCUGCCUUACAGGGCUGCUGCAAUGAGGCUGAGGCUCAGCAGGCAGGCAGGAGGCAGACCCCCUCCCAGCCCAUCCAGUGUGAGCUUCCCACCAUCCCUGUGCAGAUCGGCUCCCACUUCCUGAAAGGGGUCUCCUUCAAUGAGUCAGCAGCUGAAAACCUCAAACUGAAAACGCAAACAAUGCUUCAGCUCAUUAAAGAUCUGCUGGGACAGAACGGAAUGACCCCCAGGGACGAGUCUCCGGUCACUGAAGUCCUCAAUCAGGUUUGCCCAUCCAGAUGGAGGGGGGCCUGUAAGACGGCGGUCCAGCUGCUGUUCGCUCAGGCCGGUCUGGUGGUUGUUGAUACAGCUCAGAUUGAAAAUAAGGAAGCCUACGCUCCACACAUCACUCUGGAGGGAUCCAAGGUGGUGGUCCAGGUCCCCUCGACAUGGUGUCUGAAGGAGGACCCUGCCACUAUGUCCCUGCUCCAGCGGAGCCUGGACCCAGAGAAGACGCUUGGAUUGGUCGAUGUUCUUUACACAGCAGUGUUUGACAUGAACCGAUGGAAAGAACGAAAGGAGCAGACUUUGCCGACAAUACAGAUACAGCUGCAGCGGGAAAGCCCAGAAUACGUCGGCCAGGCAGACCUGCCUACAGGCAACAGCUCCAAAACCUCCAGCGGGUUGCCAAAAACUAUAUCUAAACUGACUUCCAAGUUUGCCAAGAAGGUCUCAUCCAGCUCCAACAGCGGAGGCAGCUACUCCAUCCCCAGCACUCCAUCCCGCAGCAUGCUUUCCAGUGGUAGCUCUGACGACAAGUCCAAAGGCCUCGGGCACAGCAACGGGAGGCUUCAGAGCGCCGUAACGAUGGGCGGCUUAUCCAGCGGCCCCGACGCCAACCAGCAGAACCAGCUGGCUAACGGCUCAGUGUGCGACGACCAGGGGAUGAACCUUCCCACCGACCAGGAGAUGCAAGACGUCAUUGACUUUCUCUCAGGAUUCAACAUGGGCAAAUCCCAGCAGGCCUCCCCCCUGGUGAAGAGGAGGAACUCUGUGGCCUCUGCUAACCCUGCGGAGCUCAAGCCCCCAAGUGGUCAUCCACCAGCUUCCCAGUCUGUUUCUUACACAUCCAGCUCCCUGCCUCAACCUCAGCCUCCAUCAGUGCAGAAGCAGCAGACACAGCCUCAAUCCCAGCCCCCCCCACCCCAGCAGCAGCAGCCUGCCCCUCCUCCUCCUCAGCAGCCCUCCCCACCUGCCCUGCAGUACUAUCAGCACCUGCUGCAGCCCAUCACCCAGCAACAGGCCCCACCUCCCCAGCAGACCCCGCCGCAGGUUCUACCACAGCAGAGGGUGGCGAACAAGUGGCUCGGCACCUCAGGGCAACAGUCUGCAGCACAAACCCCGCCGGCGGGCCUGUCACCCUUAGGCCCCAUCAACCAGUGGGGAUCCCCCGGGCUGCCGGAUCUGAGCUCGGACCUGUACAGUCUGGGCCUGGACAGCACCUACAUGGAGAGCGUUAUCUCCGCUAUGCUGGGUCAGAAGCCACAGGGGCCUCGCAACAACACCUGGCCCAACAGGGACCAGAGUGAGGGGAUGUUUGGAGUACUGGGAGACACGCUACCCUUUGACCCUGCAGUUGGCUCUGACCCAGAGUUUGCACGUUAUGUGGCCGGCGUCAGUCAGGCCAUGCAGCAGAAACGGCAGGUGCAGCAAAUCCGUCGCCCCAGCAACACGCGCAGCAACUGGCCGAUGCCCGAUGAGCAGCACAGGACCUGGUCCCAUCCGGAGUACUUUAAUGAGGGGGAGGCCGUGAACAGCAGCUGGUCGGCUAACCAGGGAGAUUCGGCCAGCUCCAGCGAUGAGACGUCCUCGGCCAACGGCGACAGCCUGUUCUCCAUGUUUUCUGGGCCGGACCUUGUAGCAGCGGUGAAACAGAGGAGGAAACACAGCUGCGGCGAGCCAGAGGUGUGCACCCUGCCGUCACCGCCUCUACAUCACAUCAGCGACGAUAACCAGGACAGCAAAACCAAAACCUGGCCCCCGAAGGCGCCGUGGCAGCACACCACCCACACCAUGCCCAAUCCCAGCUCUUCCUUGUACCAGAUGAACCUGCCUCCUUCCUCCCAGUGGAGCGACUCCAUGCAGAUGCUGCAGUCUCCCGUGUGGUCCACCGCCGGCGACUGCUCGGCCUCCACCGGGAUCUCCUCCGGUUUCCCCUUCGCCCAACAGCAACAGCAGCAGCAGCAGCAACACAAACCCAUGACCAAGGGCUUCAAAUCCUUCCCCAUCAAACCCGAGCACAGGCCCUCCUACCUUCACCAGUACUGAUCCAAACCAGUCCAAAGUAAUGUGCCACUGAGGAUCUGCAGCUCCCAUCAUUACACUCCGCCACCCACUAAAAAUGGAAGAUUUAAGUACACACACUGGCUCAGCAUUUUCUCUUUUUAGUAUUUAUAUUUUUCCAUGUUAAACAUCACAUUAAAAGAAAAAGAAAAAAAGCCGUUCUUUGACGAUUUCUGAACUGCCAUCUCCUAACUGCGAGCGACGCAUGCGUCCUACCAGAAGCAGUCAAAUCUAGUGGUGGUUUCUCUGACCAGAGCUGGAGACAUGCACGACCAUCACCAACUUGCUUCUGCAGCUGUGUAUGGGAUGAGGGGGCGCGUAAUGCCCAUAAUGAGUAUACUGUGUCUACAUAGCUGUAACUGCCAAAUCUCAUUCAACAUGACCGAGUACAGCUAGCAUCUACUGUUUCAUAGCUUGUAAGAAGAAAAAAAAUACUGAAGUUGAAAUAUAUUUAGUUCUUUUUAUGGAGAGGCUUUGAGCAGGCUCAGCGUAAAAUAAGAGUAAGCCACUGCAGAGGUUUCAUUUGAGAGAAAUACACUACUUUUACAUCAACUGACCAGUCCUAGCUAUAUCUAUGUGCCAUGUUGGUAUUGAAAGCACUUGCAGAUUAAAUUUUUCCAACCAAAGCGUUCAGAGGACGACUGGUGCUGAGGAGACGGCGGUCACUAACCAACAAGUUGAUUUCUUUCCUCAAUAAUUGGCUUUUCUUUUCCUUUUGCUUAUAAAUUUAAAUAACUAAUUGACACUAAGUCCCAUAAACUUUGUUUUGUUUUUUUUUGAAGAUAUUUUUGUGUACAAGUAUUGACAGUAUUAAUCUUAUUUUUGUAUUACAUGUUAUACCACAGCUGUAUGUUAGUUUCUUUUUUUUUCCAUUUCCCUGUUUGUGAAAAAGCACAUUUCUUUUUUUUUUUCUCCAGUCAAAUGAAACCAUUGAUCUCCAAAGGUUACCAAAUAUUCCAGGCUAAAACACUAAAACGUGCAGAGGAGGGCGGGCCUUGUUCCUUUGGGAUUUUGGCAGCGGGCUUCGUUUAAAAGCCCAGAAUGUUUUGGGUUUUUUUGUUGUGAUGUUUGCGGAUGCCAAUGUUGCCUGUAUUUAUGAAACGACACCGUGUUUUCAGAUAACUAACAUACUUAACAUGUUUACAGAGAAUCGUUUGUUGUACAUACAUAUAAAUAUAUAUCUUUUUAUAGUUAAUGUGCUUUGCACAAUCAAGAUAUAGGGUUUGUUGCUUUUUGUCUGUGUUAUCUCCCUAACUGUUGCAGCCUUUGUUUUUGUUGUUUUGUUUUUUAAAGACAUCAUUUACAGACCUUGGACUGUAACUGUUAGCUUCUCGGCUGUGUACAAAUGGUUUACUAGUGGCUUCUACUAAAAAAAAGGUGGAGAAAAAUAAUAAAAAAUAUGCUACCCUGGAAGAUAAGAUGAAGGGAGAUUGCUUGGCUUAUGUUGCUUAUUGUUUUGAUGGCAACUGACCCUUUGUUUUUUUUCUUCCCAAGUGUACCAGCAAAGCAAAAAAAAAAAAAUUGAAUAAAAGUAACUAGCAAUUGGAAA